AUGCGGGCGCUGUUUGUGGCAGUUUUUCUUGUCUCGAGGCAGUUGGUGGUGGCUGUCCGGCCUCCGCCGGAGGUUGCCAGCCGCAGGAGCUUCACCAAUCUCGUCAAGGAAACUGACGCGUGGGCAGCGCGGAUCAGCAGCGCCACCGAGAACAAGACGCGCUGCGAGGAAAUCGUGAGUGAGCUCACGGCAGAGAGGGCCGUGCCCAAGAAGAGGCUGGACAUACACACCGGCGUGAUAUUUCCGCACGAUACCUUCAAUGAGAAGUGGAGGGAUCCGGAGCGGAAGCUCCGGCUGACUCCCCUGUCCUUCCUGGCCACCCAGAACCUGGGCUCCCUGAAGCUGCGAUUUUGGACGACCCUCGAGCCCAGCCAUCCGCUGAUGGAAGAGAUCUUCGGCCCCAUCCUAAGGAUUCCGGCCUUGGCCAGAAGCAUUCAAGUCAGCAAGUUCGACAUGGACCGGGAGGCCGCGAAGGCCUUUCCCAACCAAAACAACCUGAGCAAGGCCUUGCUGGAUGCGUACCGCAGCCACGUAGACCCGGGGUCGAUGUCCGACCUGAUGCGUGCAGUCAUCUUGAACAACUACGGAGGUGCCUGGGUUGACAGCGAUGUCCUGCUCAUCAGGGACAUGGCGCCCAUCAUGGCGGAGGACUGGGCGUACUUCGGCAAGCCAGACUUCGUGAAUGGUGCGGUGAUGUCCACCUCCCGGCCACGGUCCCCCUUCAUGCAGAACUACUUGCUGGCAGUUGUAGGGCAUGGGAUACCCAUGUUCCAUGAGCGCUACUACCAGUUCGGCCCUCGAAUCUUAACAGCCCUCAAGAAAAAUGCCGAGGAAGCCCACAACACAGGCUUUUUCCAUGUGCUGCCCCCAUGCUUCUUUGACCCCCACUUCCAGCAUACUGGCAGGCCUCCCCCGGCUGAGAUUUUCUUCGCUGAGGUGGCAUCCGGUUCAGACAUAGCGUCCAAGAGGCCUGGCAGUACCAGCCACGCGGCAUUUGCCUACCACUGGCACAACGGUUGGGAGUUUCCGAUUCGGCCGGGUUCCCUGGCAGACGAACUGGAGCAGAUCUACCGCAGUCUGCUGAGCAUGUAG